AUUACAUUGCUUUUCCCAUAUCCAGAUGGCCUCACAUAGGGAGUAACUGUAUCCGCUAGGAAUAGAUAUCCAACAAACCUUGCAGGUUGUUCCCUCAGGGUCACAAUGCUGCAUCCCGCCCACUUUUCUUCCAGAUGCUCUAUUUCCUUCAACGAAUCCUCCGUCGUACACGCCCAACAAUCAUGGAACCACUCAUAGCUGUCGUUGGUGCUACGGGUACUGGUAAAUCAAAGAUAGCUUGCAGUGGACUUGGCGUCCCGCUUCAAUGGCGAAAUCAUCAAUGGCGAUGCAAUGCAAAUGUACCACGGCCUACCUAUUAUUACGAAUCAAAUACCGGUUGAGGAAAGAAACGGGAUUCCACACCACAUGAUCGGCUGCAUUGGACUAGAGAAAGAACCAUGGCGAGUUGGAAUAUUUAAAAAGGAAUGCCUGCGACUCAUUAAGGAUAUACAUUCUCGAGGGAAGCUACCCAUCCUUGUGGGAGGAACCCACUAUUACACCCAGACGGUCCUGUUCAAGGACCAGCUUGUGGAUAGAGAGGAAGCUGGCUCCGGAUCCGAGCUUGAUGAUUCUGAGUCUUCCUCGCCUGAAAAGUGGCCAAUAUUGAAUGCGCCGACGGACGUGCUUUUGCAGAAACUGAGGGAGGUUGAUCCAGCCAUGGCGAGUCGGUGGCAUCCAAAUGAGACGCGCAAAAUACGACGCUCCUUGGAAAUAUACUUCCAGACAGGCCGACCUGCCUCUGAGAUCUAUGCAGAACAAAGAUGUCAGAGGCAGAUAGCUAGUAUGGAUGAGAACUCUGCUGGUGGCAGAGGAGGACUGCGCUACCAGACCCUGAUUUUUUGGGUCCACGCAGAUAAGGAAAUUUUAAAUUCCCGACUUGACGCGCGAGUCGAUACCAUGAUUGAACAGGGCUUAAUGUCUGAAGCCGAAAGAAUGUUAUUAUACAUACAAGAAAAGCAGUCUCAAGGCCUUACUGUCGACCAAACGAAAGGUGUAUGGGUGUCCAUUGGAUUCAAGGAGUUGGGGCCGUACUUUUCUGCACUACGCGAUGGAUCAUCCACCGGAGAAGAGCUUGAAAACCUGCGGCGCUCGUGUAUCGAGUCUAUCAAGACAGCUACUCGUCAGUAUGCCGUAUCACAAAUCAAGUGGAUCCGGAACAAAUUAUGGAAAGCACUGGCGGAGACCAGGAUGACAAGUCGCCUUUAUCUACUGGACAGCAGCAAUGUCGAUCAUUGGGAUACAUGCGUGAAGCAGGCGUCUGAGCGUCUUGUACAUUCCUUUCUCCAUAAUGAGCCUUGUCCUGGUCCCAAGUCGCUUUCAGAACUGGCGAGGGUCACGCUUGAAGCUAAGGAAGCGCAAGCUCAGAAACCGACGAGUGGUCUACCUAAAUGCGUCACUUGUGACAUGUGUCGCAAGACAAUGAUGAAUGAGGAACAGUGGACUGUCCACGUCAAAGGGCAAGGUCACAAAAGAGCCCUUAAGGCUGCAGCAAAAAGAGCAGAGCGAGAGGAAUUUCUACGGAAACGGGAGUCUUUAAAGAAUACCCAGUCUAGCGCAAAUGGAAAUUGAAUAGUGCAAAAUUAUAGAGGGUUUCUUAUUCGACUAUAGAAGUAUCCUAUUCAUUUUUUUUUACCCAAUACCCUCAAACCAUCUUCAGCGGUAUUCCACACAGGCCUAGCUAUCACUUCAGAAGCUCAACGGAGUGUGGGCUAAG